AAGGCAGAUGUGGUGGAAAAAAAAAAGAGGAAACAGAAGUACCAGUGUAGCGGAAGUGGUACUGCCCUGAACGAUACGCUGAGCGAGACGGAGGACGGAGGCUGAAUCGUCCAGAGAGAGAAAAAAAAAGCAGGAUUAAAAGCCGCCAAUAUUUCUAGAAAAUGGAUAAGAACGACCUGGUACAGAAGGCCAAGCUUGCUGAGCAGGCUGAGCGCUAUGAUGACAUGGCCGCGGCCAUGAAGUCGGUGACUGAGCAAGGUGCAGAGCUGUCAAAUGAGGAGCGCAACCUUCUCUCUGUUGCCUACAAGAAUGUGGUAGGAGCACGCCGCUCAUCCUGGCGUGUUAUCUCCAGCAUCGAGCAGAAGACUGAGAGCAAUGAGAAAAAACAGCAGAUGGCACGUGAAUACCGGGAGAAGAUUGAAACUGAGCUGCAGGAAAUCUGCCAUGAUGUGCUCGGGCUACUGGAUAACUUUCUCAUUACCAACGCAUCUGCUGCUGAAAGCAAGGUGUUCUAUCUGAAAAUGAAAGGCGAUUAUUAUAGAUACCUGUCUGAGGUUGCAUCUGGGGAAGCUAAGAAGGAUACAGUGGAGAACUCCCAGCAGGCGUACCAGCAAGCUUUUGACAUUAGCAAGGGGGAGAUGCAGCCAACACACCCGAUCCGGCUUGGCCUGGCCCUCAACUUCUCUGUCUUCUACUAUGAAAUCCUCAACAAUCCGGACAAGGCCUGCAGCCUGGCUAAGACGGCAUUUGACGAAGCCAUCGCUGAACUUGACACUUUGAACGAGGAUUCUUACAAAGACAGCACCCUGAUCAUGCAACUAUUAAGGGACAACCUGACUCUGUGGACAUCAGAAAACCAGGCAGAUGAGGGAGAGGCCGGAGACGGGGAAAACUAAUGAAAUUGCACUGUUAAUCCACCUACACUCUUAUCUUAAACACAGACAGCUUAUAUACAUCCCCCUCCACUCCAUCAGCUCCUCCCUCUUCUGUAUGACAAGCAGCCUGAAUUGCUCCUGACCAACUAGUUUACCCCUCUCAGUUCACUGUGAGGUGACAGGGUAAUUUUCAGUUAGCAGAUUCAGUCACUUUGUGGAAACAUGUCGUAUUGAUUAGUGAGUCCAUGUUGCUGUUGUUUUUGUCGGCUUUUGUGUGUAUGUCCUUAUGGAGUGAGUGAGCGAGCGAGUGUGAAAGGAUGCGAAAGAUUGUGUGUAUGGUCUGGGGGUGUGGGAGGGGGGUGUUGUGAAUUCUAAUCGUCCUUCCAAAUCCCUUUGUCCCAGCUAGUUUGUUGUGCAUUUUUCAUCCCUUUUUUCAUUUGUUACUUUCUUAUUUGUGAUUCCUCAUGAUAUUUACAGGUUUUAUUGUAUGGUAAUUGAACUGGCAGUUGAUUUCCACCAAACACUGUGAUGGUAGGCGUUCCAUUUGCUUCACACACCCAAAACAGUUUUGUGUUUUGAAUUUCCAGACACACGUACAAUCCUGUAUUCGACUAACUGCAAUUCUGCUGUGGGCUCAUACAGAAAGGAGGCAGGCUGUAUUGUGACACUGGCAUCUUGGUGUAACGCUCCUUGAUCAUGUUCACAAGUUCAGUUUCAAAGUUUUAAGGGACCCCUUAAAUUGUCAUGUUAGAUUUGUUCAGACAUUCCACAUUAUUAGGCUUUCGUCAAGGCAGUGCUCCUUUUUUUUCCCUUUUUUUUUUUUUUUGGACUAAAUAUGGAUUGUCAUUGUAGUUUUACUCACUGUUCAGGUGCUGCUUGAUCUCAGUACAAUGGAAAUUGUAUGUGCGUAAAUGUGGUUCCAUGUAUUUUGCAAGAUUGACUAUCAUCUGUAUGUAAAACUUAAAGUAACCUUUUAUUGAUGUUAAUUGAAAGAAAUGUCUUACCACACUGUAUCAACCCUGCUUGCAAAAUAUUCCUGUUAAAGCGGUUGUUUUCUCCAACAAAAAAAAUCUGUGCCUGGCUUUCUCUUGCAGCCUCUAUUUUCAGUAUGAAUUGACAGUAUCUGCCUGUUUAUCUUUUUUUUUUUUUUUUUUUUUUUUUUUUUUUAAAGAAAUUUCAAAGAACGAGUUAGACCAGACAAACUUAAAUUUCUAAAUCUUGACCUCAGUUUGUACCCAGGUGCAUCGCUCUGCUGUUUAAGAUUGCUGGUGUGAAUGAUUGGAGAAGAAAGAAGCUCAGUGUCACAAUACCAUGUAUCACCACUACAUUCCACAUAUUGUAGUUGAAGACACCAUUCCACAUUAUAGCUGACAGUCUGUUUACUCUGACAAUGCUCCAAUGAAUUGAAAUAAUCUUCUGUUUAAAAAAAAUCAUGUCAGUUUAUUAUUAUGCUUGAUGAAAAUGCAGUUAGUGAAUGUGGAACGAAGCCUGUCUGUAUAUCAGGUAUCUACUUGCUUUGUUUUUACUGACAAGUCUUAUGGCUAAAAUUUGCUUCUGUAACAGUCUAUUACCCAGUGCACACACGUGGUUGUGAAAAUUUAGAAUAGCUCUAAAAAGCAAUGAUGAAAUGGAGAUAAACAAUGGUUGGUGUAAUUCUAGCUUUGUGUUUAUGUAUCUUAAAACCAUUCUAGUUUCACUAUACAUGUAAGAAAUAGGAAAGUGUCAAAGACCAUUCAGUGAAAUAAAGUUUCGUUUAAGAUAA